AUGAAUCUGCUUGUAGUUACAUUAUGGCACUUCAAACACUAUCAUUCUGAACGUUAUAUUGCUUCAGAAUUGAACUUAAGUCAAUCAGCAGUUGUGAAUAUUUUACAUUCAUGCGUAUAUCCAGAAUUGAUUUCAGUACCUGCUGACAUGACUAAUAGAAGAACUCCACAUGGCCAUGAACGGAAUCAUAAAUUAAUAGUUGAUUCGACUUUUAUUGCAAUACCUGAACCUUAUGAUUCAGAACAACGCAAAGCAUAUUAUCAUGCGAAAAGUUCAACAAAUUACGCAUUAAAGGUACAAGCGGCUUGUGAUUUUCAUCGUCGAAUAGUACACGUAUCCGAAUGUUAUCAUGGAAGUGUACAUGAUAUUACAAUUUUAAGAGAAUCAGGACUGUUAGAACACGUCAACGACUAUGUGCAAAUUAUUGCUGAUAAGGCUUAUGUUGGUGAAGAGUAUGUGGUCACUCCAAGAAAAAAACCUCAUGGACGUGAAUUAAUAAAUGAAGAUAAGAAUUUCAAUCGUGAUAUUAAUAUGUUUUUUCUAUUAAUUGCUCAUGUUGCCAAUUAUCCAUCAGUACGUGAAGUUGCAACAGAUGAUGAAGAAAGUGACAAUGAUUUACAAUUAGAACUUCGUUCGAUUUUAAAUCAUCUUGAUAAUCAACAAAUGGAACGAUCUAUUACAUUAGAUGAAGAUAAUCAAGAAGACGAUUCUGAUCAAUAUGAACGUGCAAUAAAUAAACGACAAGGUGGUUAUAAUAUAAUUAAACCAGAUCUUAAAUGUGAAAUCGAAUGUGUUGAUAAACUACGAAAUCCAAAAUCAGGUCAAGGUAUGUCAAUUAAAGAUGCAGCUAAAGCUUGUCAAAAUAUCUGUGCUAAUAUAAGCAAAAAACGUGACGAGAAAAAAAUCAAUGUACAACGAAAAGAACAAUCUCAUCAAAAGAGCUUACGUCAAUUUAUUGAUAAUGAUAAUAGCAACAGCAAUGAAGAACAACAAAAACAACGUCGUGAAUUUUCUCAUUAA